UGCGUCAGACUGUGAGUGAGAGUCUGUGCGAUGCCGAGUAUAAUAAUUAAGAUGAUCUGUGUGGUCACCAAUAUGCAUCUGUGAUUUUCAUCUUUGUUUUAAAAGACUUUUGUUCUCUCUCACUUCAGCAUCAUCCAUCAAGUAGAUUUUGUUUCUAUGUAGUGAAUUGAAUUUAUAUUCGUACGUCCUACAGUGUUAUAGUGUAAGUGGCUUCAAGAUGCCUCUUUUUGGGAAAAAAGACUUUGGUAGAAAAUCUAAAAAGGAUGGAAAGGAAUCGGAGAAACAGCCGUCUAUUGAGGACAAGUACGUUGUAAAAGACCUUUUAGGCACAGGAGCCUUUUCUGAAGUACGCCUUAUAGAAAGUAAAGAAAAUGGACAGUUGUUCGCUUGCAAAAUCAUAGAUAAAAAAGCACUGAAAGGUAAGGAAGAUUCCUUAGAGAAUGAAAUCAGGGUGCUUAAGAGAUUUAGCGAAAAUGCUAAAGGUGAGGCCGGGGAAAAGAAAAUGUUUUCACAUCCAAAUAUCGUCCAGCUGCUCGAAACAUACGAGGAUAAAAGCAAAGUUUAUCUUGUGAUGGAGCUCGUAACGGGUGGCGAAUUAUUUGACAGAAUUGUUGAAAAAGGUUCUUACACCGAAAAAGAUGCUUCAAAUCUUAUAAGACAAGUUUUAGAAGCCGUUGACUAUAUGCAUACUCAAGGUGUGGUACACAGAGACUUGAAGCCUGAAAAUCUGUUAUACUACAGUUCUGAUGAAGAUAGCAAAAUCAUGAUAAGUGAUUUCGGUUUAUCCAAAAUAGAAGAUUCGGGAAUAAUGGCAACAGCUUGCGGGACCCCUGGUUACGUCGCGCCGGAAGUGCUCGCUCAAAAGCCAUAUGGUAAAGCAGUUGAUGUUUGGAGCAUAGGUGUGAUUUCAUACAUCCUGUUGUGUGGUUACCCACCAUUCUAUGAUGAGAAUGACGCAAACCUAUUUGCGCAAAUCCUUAAAGGAGACUUUGAAUUUGAUUCACCAUACUGGGAUGAUAUCAGUGAAUCAGCAAAGGAUUUCAUCAAACAUUUGAUGUGUGUCGAUGUGGACAAGAGAUAUACCUGCAAGCAAGCUUUGGCUCAUCCAUGGAUAUCUGGCAAUGCCGCUAGCAACAAGAACAUUCAUGGCACAGUAUCAGAACAGCUCAAGAAGAACUUUGCAAAGUCACGCUGGAAACAAGCCUAUCAUGCUACAACUGUCAUCCGUCAAAUGCAAAAGAUGAUUCUCAACAGUAGCAGCUCAAGUCGCAACUCCAGCGCCCAGUCCAAACCAGAGAAUGAAAAACAACAGCCCCAAUAAAUAUGCUGCGCUAAAUCAAUUCAACAAUGCAAAUAAGGUACUUAAAUUUAUUCUUACAACAUUUCUCGACUUCAAGAAACCACAUCAAGUCAAGAAAACUUAAGGGAAAACUUAAUAAAUUGUAGUAUCUGAAUUGUUAAUUGAAACCUACUGCUGCAUCUGCUUGCUUUCUUAAUAAUUCUGUUAUAUGUAUGACUGAAUAUAUAUUUAUAUUUAUAGGUCUUUAUGCCAGUCAAUGUUUAAUUAAAAUCAACGAAGUGUUUAAUUAAUAUAUUUCAUCAUCAACUAGUCAAUAUAUUAAUAAUAAUGCUUGAGAGUUUUAUAUAAAUAUGCUAAAUUCAGUAUGACGUUAUAAAAUAAAAAUUUUAAAAGUUAAUCAUCUGCUAAAUAAUACUUGAAUCUCAUGCUUUAAAAUGUGUCACUUAAUUGAUGAAGUCCAUGUGAGUGCUUUACAUAUGAAUGUAAUCAUGGUUACAUCAUGUUAACUCUAAAUAUUAUGAGAUAAUAAGUAUCAUAUUAUAAGUAGAUUGACUUCUCUUUAGCAUUCUGAACUUGUUAUACUUAUAUUAAUAUAUAAUUAUGGUGAUAAUCAAAUGUGUGUUUAGUAUUGUUGCAAAUGUUGUUAAUGUAAUUUAAAAAAUAAGCAUGAUGUGAGGUCUUGUUGUUAUUGUCUUUAAAGCUUUAGGAGCUUCCAUGAUUAUUUUUAAAGAAGGUGCUUCAGAAAGAAAAUAAAUGUUGAGAAAAAUUAUUAAAUUUAUAAAAUGUUACAGUAGCAUGUUGUGAAAAUCCAAUAGUAAAUGCUAGAUGAUCACUUGAUGGAUAAAAAUGAAAUAGAUGGUAGGGUCAUGAAUAUAUGCUUCUAUUUCGUGUUGGACAAGAGUUUACAAAAAUGUGAUUCUUUCUAUCCUCUGUUCUUUCUGAAUCAUCUUGCCCUAUUUAAGUUUAUUAUUAUAUUUACUAUUUUGUUUAUUGAACGUUAUAUUUUAUACAAUAAUAGUGAGGUCUUUUAUUUAUCAAAAUUGGUACCCAAUUAAAAAAAAUGUUGCAUUGUUACUUAAGCCAUUAAAGACUUUGUCGUGACAUUGUGUGCAAAGGCAUGUAUGUAAAUCCUUCAUAUAAUCCUAUAAAUAUGUAUAGCUGUUUGAAAUUUAUGCUAAAUAUAGAAUAUAAGUUUUACUACUUAAAACUGAAUCCUUCCUAUUGUCUAGAGAAGAUAAUUAUUACAAUUUUCAAGUAAAUAGUUAUUCUAUUAAAAUUAUAUCGCACUGUUGAAUUCAAUGUUGUCUUACAGUAAUACUCUUCUAUAAAAAAUAUAAUAUAUGAAUCUAAUAUUUUUUUUUGUAAGCCGGGCCUAACGGAUGCAUUCAUGGAGAGGACAAAUCAGUAGACAAGACUCUGUAUACCUCUGUAAGACUGACACCCAAAAUUGAGUACACACUUAGUUGCUUUAUUUAUGUUGUUAAACAUGUUAUGGAAAUUGUGAUGAUCAUAAUUUUGUUCAUGUUUAUCCUGUUAUUAACAGAAUGAUUUAUUACCUCUAACAAAAACAAGUUAUUGUAUUUAGUUAAUACAACCAUAUUGUCAGAGAUAUAUAAUAGAUUAUAUUAGUCAUUAAUUUCCUUAAAUUGUGAAGAAUUGCAACUUCUAUUGAGUUUACUUGAAAAUACUUGUUUAAUACUUUUUGUUUGUGUUUUUGAAGCUACAGCUCUCUUGAAAGUACAACAUAGAUCUUCUCUUCUGAAUCUCAAAUUUAUUGUUUAUUAAGAAUGAAAUGUAUUUUUAUAUAUUCUUUAAUGUGUAUUACAAGUAUUCAUGAUUCAUAUUGUAAACUUAUUCCAUGUACGACUAUUUGAAAAUUUAAUCUAUGUGUAUAAUAUUUUCUUAAAAAAUAUUCAGUGGUAAUAUAUUCUUUGAGUAACAUUCCUCUUGCAACUUAUUGGUAUUUAAAACAGACAUUCCAUGACGCCAUACAUUUUUAUUAUUAUUAUUUUUAUACUAUAAAAAUGUGCGAUCUUGAAGCCAAGGUGUAGAUUUAAUUUGUGCUAUAUGAUUUAGGUAUUGUUUAAUUUAUCAAUUUGUGGCCAUAUCAGUUACCGCAAAAGUGUGAUGUGAGUGCCAUAAUUAUUAUAUUCAAUUAGGCAUUGAUUUUAAAUUAUAACAUACAGGUUACUCCUGUAAGGAUAGUAUAUGUAUAUAUUAGGCCAUGUGUUAUUUAUUGAUUAUUAAUAAAUAACAUCACAUACCUGGGCUUCAUGAUUAAAAUUUUUGUUAUUUCAGAAGUGUGUUAAUUUCUCAUAGUGUUAAUUCUUUGCAUCAUAGACUGCUAUAAGCAGUACCUGCUCUUAUCAGUUUAUAUUGGGUUUGGGUUUCUUAAAAACUUUUUUAUUUAAAAUAUUACUUCAUUCCUUGAAUUAUCUCGGUAUGUCCAUAAAAGUAAUUUACUUAUCUCUAUUUAUGGUUCAUUUCAAUUACGAAGAGAUUUCAUUGUAUUUUAGUAUAAGGCUUUCUUAAAAAUAAAAAGAGCAUUCCAGGUUUGUUAAAGGAUUUUUAAUUUCAAAAAUUAUUUGAAUAUUUUUGAUCUACUUAUAUUCGUUAUUCUUAAAUCGUAUAUGGUGCGUCUUUAAUAAUACUAGAGAAUUAAUAAAUAAAUUUAACAAAUCUAUUACUCCUAAAAUUGUGUGCUAACUGCACUGCAUUAUAUUAUAAUGUAAGAUAUAUUCAGUAACUUUGAUGUUCUUAUUUAUGUAUUGUGAAUGCUAUCGGUAAUGAUUAUUAUAAUUUUAAGAUAUAUGAAUAAUAUUACGAUAACCUAUGACACUAUGUUUUUAUAGAUAACAAUGUGAUUAUGUACGUAAUUGGGUUGCAGUUUAUUUGCUAUCUAUUUACGAUUUAUAAUCUAUGUAAAAUUUCAAGAAUUAUGUCGUUAUAUUAUUUUUAUAACAAGAAACUAAAAUGUAUUCUUGUAUAAUGUUUAUAGAUGUUGCGUAUUAUGGUGUUGGGUUCAUUGAUUUAUAUAUAAUGGCUCGAUUGAGAUGGACUGUGAUGUCUCGUUCAAUUGUAAUAAACUUUCUGAAUUUUUCAAACUAUAUCUCACAAUGUAUAGAGUAUAGACCUAAAUGAAUGCGGAGCCUCUUAUGUCCCGGCAAACAAAACCUUUUUAGUAUCCACUAAGGUCAUCUUCAACGACAACUAUACUUCUUUAGUUCUCCUUAAUAGAAAGAAUAAUUUAGGAGGCGACGCUCUCGGUCGUCACUAACUAUAAAAAUUGUCACAGACUUGUCCUACUAAUUUUAUAAACGGAAAAGUUUGUAAGAAUGUAUGGAUGUUUGUUACUCUUUCACGCCAAAAACCUCUGUUGAGAUGGGUGUGUAAUUUGGUUGAGAGAUACAUUAUAGUCUGCAUUUACACAUAGGCUACAUUGUAGCCGGGUAUCACGCGACUGAACCCGCAGGCUCCAGCUAGUUUUUAAAUUAAGUUUUAAUUUUGCAACUGAAUGACAAAACAUUCUGGUUUUCUUUGUAAGUGUUGUUAUGAUUGAAUCUUAAUUAAUAUUUGUAAAGUAUCGAAGACUUUUGUUAAGUAAGAAGGCUUUACAUGUGAAACAUAAUCAAACAAUAUUUAGCUUAUGCAUGUAUUCAUAUUAUGUAUAAAAUAAUAAAUUAAUAGCAUUAAGUAUAACUCGCCUUACGAUUAAUGUUUAACUUAUAUUAGAUCUGUUUUCGAUGUUGAAUGAACUUCUUAAAUUAACACAAUUACAUUAGCUUAUAACAGUAGAUGUGCCAUUAGAUUCGGAUACUUUACCAAUGGGUGCUUUCUUUCUGGCAUUGUCUAAAUUUAAAACUAUUUCUACUUCAGAAUGUUGGAUCGAUUAAAGAGUAACGCACAAAAGAUUACUAUGAAAAGACAUGUUAUUAAAACAGCAAUUGAUAUAUUGUGCAAAAUAGUUUUCUUAUGUUAACAUUGUAAGUUGAAGAAAAACCAUUAACCAUAUGUAAUAUUUUCCAUGACCGGUUUCACAAUUAUUAUUAUGGACUUAUUAGUUUAUAUUUUGCUCUCUUCAGUGUUCAUUCGUAAUUUACGUUUUUCAUUGUGCCAAAAUCAUAUCAUGAGCAGUGAUACGUUUUAUUAAAUUUUGAGAGUAUUUAUAUUUGUGAGAUGAUAAAAGAUAAAACAUAUUUUAUCUUUGUGUAAUAGUUUUUGCAGUGUAAAUUAUGAAAUGUUCAAGUUCCUUGACAGUAAUAUUUAUCGUUUAAUUUGUACGUUACUUUUAGGCGUACUCAAUAUAUUCACUAUUUUUUGAAAAUUAUUGUGUUCGAGAGGUGACACGGUUUUUAUUUAGCACAAUAGAUUGUAGAUUUGGGAUAUAUAAAAUUCAAGACAAGUUUAAGUUUAGAUUUAAUAACAUCGCUUCUGGUAUCUAUGUCUAGGAUUUUGGUUGUGAAAUUAUUUUGCCCCAUAGUCUUUGCGGUUUGUCGUAAUAGAUCAUCGUGAGGAAUAAUGAUAAUUUGUGGUUUAAGAUCUGAUUGCUACUGAAUUAUAAAGAUCUUGUGAUUUAGAUUUUAUACUUCUUGUUCUAAACAAUCAAAAUUUAUUGGUAGUUAUUAGAUGUUAGCUCUAUUUUCAACGUCAUUGUAAAUAAAAUGCCAACUUGUUGAA